UUUUGCAGUUUACAGUAUUUAUGACUUUAAAAUAUAGUUUGGAUUUACUCAUUAAUGUUCUCUCUUAUGCAUUAUUUUAUACUUAUUUUGCAAUUCAAUACAUUUCGUUUAGUAUCAACAAUAAAAGCAUAAAAGAUUUGUUGGAACAAGUGCAGCGUACUUACAACAAGCUAAUUGAUAAAAAUGAAAUCAGUAUUAUGGAAAAAUAUAGUACCUAUGCAAAACGUUACACAAUUGCAUUUUCAUUAAUUGUCAUAUUCGUCGGAAUUACUUUAAUUUUUUAUAUCUUUUGGCCACAAAUUUUUGAUAUUUUAUUUCCAAUAAACGGAACUUGGUCCCACUCCUUGUUGCCGCUUAUGACUGAAUAUUUCAUCGAUCAAGAAAAAUAUUUCUAUUUGAUAUUGUUUCAUGCAACUAUAGCUUUUAUCAUAGGAGCAUUAGCAGCAUUAGCAAUAGGAACAAUAUUGAUAGUUUGUUAUGAGCAUGCAUGUGGAAUGUUUAGAAUCGCUAGUUAUCGUAUCGAACGAGCAAUGGAAAUCCAAAUUCUGAAACGAAAAAAUAGCUUGGAGAAAAAGAACUUGAUUUACAAAAAAUUAAUUUGUGCCGUGGUUAUGCAUCGCAAUGCUAUAGAAUUCUCUGAAAUGAUAUUAUCUAAAGUUAAAGUAAUGAUGUACUGUAUGCUAUUAGACGGAAUGAUUACUACAUCCAUUAAUUUGUUUCGGACUUUCCAAAUGAUAUCGUAUGGGUUUAAAACUAUGGAACUUUUUUUACACGUAAUAUUUUGUAUAAUCGACUUUACUUAUAUAAUAAUAAUCAACUAUUUUGGACAAAAAAUUAUAGAUAACAAUAAUAAAGUAUUCGUCACCGUAUACGACGUUCAAUGGUACGUAGCUCCGUUACAAGUACAAAAAAUGAUACUGUUUCUUUUGCAAAGGAGUAACAAGACGUUUACUAUGAAUAUUGAUGGAUUAAUGACUGGAUCAUUAGAAAAUGCUGCUUCAUUGUUGAGUGCCGCGGUAUCGUAUUUUGCUAUUCUACAUUCUACGCAAAAUUAACACAAAUUAAUUAUUUAAUUUUUAAAUAAUCAUAAAAAAGUAACCGAUUAAUCGCAAAUUACAUGUAAUGAUCUAUACAAACACUGAUUGAUAACUUUUAAGAAUUGUAAGAGGUUUUAAUUCUAUAGAAAAAUAAAAAACAGUACGUUUAUAGCAGUAAGUAUGCAUAAUAUUAGUUAAAAAAUAACGUUAUAUUUAUCAUCAAUAAUAUUAAUAUCUUACAUUAACUGUAAUAAGAUUGUAGUAAACAGUACAGUUAGAAAUAAUAUUGUAGAAAUAAUAUUUCUUGAUAACUUGCUAACGAAUUGACUGUUUUAAUUAGUCGUUGUAUUAUUAAAUAUUAAUAUUGAUUAAUUUCGAUCAAAAUCUUGAUGUGUAUUUUAGAUUUUUCAAAUGAUAAGAUAUGAAAAGAUAAUGUAUAAUUGUUGCCAUAGUGCUUGCAAUUAUUCAAUUAGAGUAAUGAUAUUCAACUUAUCUUGCGCAAGAAAUUAUUACCAUGACCGUAACGAUUGUAGAUUCCUCAGCGUAUUUCUGUGAAGUGCGCUUUUUACAAUAUACAUAGAUAUAGAUAUACUUACAUGAAGAGAAUUUUCUCUUAAAAAUUAUCCUUAAAAUUGUGGUAAUAGUAAGACAACAUGAACUUCGAAAAAUUUUACUAUACUUUUAACAAAACUUACUAAAAUUUUAUUAAAAGCAUAGUAAAAUUUUUUGAAGUUCAAGUUGUCUCACCAUUACCACAAUUUUAAAGAUAAUUUUUAAGAGAAAAUUCUUUCCGUGUAUAAGUAUACAGUUUAACACCAGUUCCGAAUAACCUGUAAUUAGAGGAAUUUUCCUGGGUAAGAUACUCUUGGCGAUUUGCCAUUGCCUUCUGAGAGAUAGCAAUUAAAUUAAAAUCAGGUGAUUUCUGAUCGCGGUUUGAGACUUUAUAAGAUACAAAAAAACUAAUUAUAAAAAAGAAUGUAAAAACUGCAAAAAUAUAAAGCAAUAGUUUAA